UCGCUACCGUUUCUGUCGCGCGAGCGAGAGAGGCGCGAGAGUUACGAGAGAUAGCUUCUCGCUGUCGUGUGUUUGUGUGCGGGUGCCCGAUGCGGUGCGACGCGCGCUAUACGCUUCAUCCCGAUGCGGCGUGCGAGAGUCAGGCCGAGUGACCCGGUGUUCCCGUUGACGCAAUAGCUCGAUCGUGGAGCUGGACGGCGCGACCGCCAGUCGUAAAGUGCCUUUUCUGUCAUUAGCGCCUUCGCACGUAAAAUGUUUCAGAAGGACGGGGUGAGAUUGAGACAGCACACGGCGAAGAGAAGAACGUCGGCCGAGUUACCUUACGAGAACAGAAUCGCUUCGAGGAAGCAAGAUGCACUGCCAAACAAGACCCAGCAUCUUAUCAUCGUUCUCAUGUACUUUCUCUUCGUAUCGUUAACUAUAAUCGUCCUGGAAAGAAAUUUGCCUGAUCCGAUUACCAUUGACACCGAGGGACAGCAUCCAGGAAGAUUCGUAGCGGAACGAGCUCGCAAUCACGUCGUGAAUCUCACUUCGAUCGGGCCUCGUAUCGCUGGCAGCUACGAAAAUGAAAUCUUGGCUGUUAAGUUUCUAACGACAACGAUCGAUAAUGUAAUCAAAAUGACGCAUGAGAAUCACAAGAUUCUCCUGAAUAUUACAAAGCACAGCGGUGCAUUUCCACUUAAGUUUCUCGAUGGCAUGACCAACGUCUAUAAGAAUGUACAAAAUGUUAUUGUCAGAGUUGGACCUCACAGGCCUACAAUGUACAGCUUACUGCUUAACUGUCACUUCGAUACAUUUCUAGAGAGUCCAGGUGGUUCUGACGAUGGUGCCGGCUGUGCCAUAAUGCUAGAAAUUUUACGGAUUAUCACUCAAAGUCCGAGAAUAUUGAAGCAUAGUAUUAUAUUUUUAUUCAAUGGAGCAGAGGAAAAUUUAUUGCAGGGAUCUCAUGGCUUUAUAACACAGCAUCCCUGGGCAAAAGAAGUUCGAAUGUUUAUAAAUUUAGAGGCAUGUGGCGCUGGCGGUCGUGAAUUAUUGUUUCAAGCUGGACCACACAAUCCGUGGAUUCUUGAGAUGUAUGCCAAAUCUGUACCAUAUCCCUAUGCAUCAUCAUUAGCUCAAGAAAUAUUCGAGAGUGGCAUUGUACCUGGCGAUACAGAUUUUCGAAUAUUUAGAGACUUUGGAAAAAUUUCUGGCUUGGACUUUGCAUGGUCGAAAAAUGGUUACGUGUAUCACACCAAAUUCGAUAACGUCGAUCAGAUACCAUUAGGCGCAUUGCAAAGAACCGGCGAUAAUAUUCUUGCCUUGACACAAGGAAUAAUAUUCGGAGAUCAUUUAUCAGAUACGCAAGAGAUACGUGGCAGUCUCGUGUUUUUCGAUGUUCUGGGCGCAUUCGUUAUUAGAUGUUCUCAAUAUACUGCCACUGCAGUUAAUAUUGCCAGUAUAAUUAUAGCUGGGUACUCUAUUCGUUUGAAUAUGCAGAGUGCACGUAGAAAUAUUAAGACAUGGAUGUAUAUGAAGCACGUGCUGAUGUGCAUUGGUGUGAUCAUCAUUUCGUGGCUGGUAUCUAUCUUUACUUGUACAUUAAUCGCCCUGAUCCUGACCAAGCUGGGAAAAGUGAUGAGUUGGUACGCAAGACCGGCGUGGCUGUUUUUCUUGUACGUUUGUCCAACUAUUUUUAUGUCGAUGAUUGUGUUCCUGUAUAUUGGAUCGAGACAAAAAAAGGAAGUUGAUUCUGCAUGGACUUUGUAUCACAUGUACUUCGACGCAUAUUCUUUGAUAUGGAUGUUGAUUCUUUUUGUAUGCGUCUUAUUUGAAAUACGUUCGGGCUUCAUACCGCUUCAUUGGGUUUUAAUCCCAGCAGUAGGAAAUAUUGUGCGACACAAUUUCUUCAAUAAAUGGAGAGACUGGAAGUGGCUUUUGUAUCAAUUGGGGCCAUUGACUUUGUGUUACAUACAAUCAUUUUACUUAACUCUCGGUGCUCUUUACCUCUUCAUCCCGCUAAUGGGACGAUCCGGCGGCAGUAUUAAUUCCGAAGUUGUAAUGGCUAACAUGUUGUCGAUAUUUUUCUGUCAAUUAUUUUGCUUUACGUUACCAGUAGUGCUUCUAAUAAAGAAUGCAGAACGAAUUACAAGCGUAAUCAUUGGAAUUUUCUUAAUCGCUAUUGCUGUGUUAAUUUUAACACCACUUGGAUUUUCUUAUAGCGGUGACCCGUUGUCGCCCGCUCCAGAACGAUUUAUGAUCGCGCAUAGUCAACGUCAGUAUUAUAAUGCAGAUGGUAGUGAGAGAUAUUCCGGUGCGGGAUAUUGGUUAGUUGAUUUAGAUAUGAAUAGUCCUCACAGCAUAGAAUCAAUAGUACCUGAAGUAGCUGCCGCGAUGCCAACAGUCAGGGAUUGCGAAAAGGAAUUAUACUGUGGUUUUCCAUAUUUAAUGCCGGUCACAACUUUCUUGUGGAAAACUACUUGGAUACCUGGACCUGCUCCACUUAUAAAUAUUCCCACAAAUCUUGAGAUAAUUUCAAAGACUGCAAAACAGCAUAUUGUUAAUUUUACCUUUAAUGUUACAGGCCCUGAUCACAUAGGUAUAAUGUUGUCUCCAUACAAAGGUGUUCAUUUAGAAAAAUGGUCUAUACUCGAUGGAAAACCGUUGCAAGGUCCAAUGUGGAAUGACAGGGAAACUUACUUCAUCUAUUACGCAUGUGCCUCAAAUUGCGUGCCAUAUACAUUUUCUAUCAAACUGAACGUAUCUGCAAUACAAAAAGGACCGUGCUUAUCGAUCGCAUUAGCCGGACAUUUCUUACACGGCGAAAACCAAAGAUCUCUAAGAUUUAAGAAGUUUUUGGCACAGUUUCCAUCGUGGACCGUUAUCGCUCCCUGGACAGCAUCGUACAAAUCGUGGGAGCUAUAACGAGAACAGUAGGACAAUUGAUGCGGUAAACGUGACUAGAAUAAAGCAAUAUUGUUCUACGGCGUAUCAUCUCUCAUGAAUUAACAAAAGCCUAAUAAUACUAUUUGGAGUACGAUAAAAUACGAAGCCUAAUGCCAUGGUGAUGUAACAUUGCUUGAAUAUUUAGAUUUAGUCUUCAACUUCCUACAAUAUUACGAGAAGUAUCAAAAAACGAUAGAAACACGAUAGAAAAUAGAACGGGAGAAACGCUCCCGUUCCGAGUUUAUAUAUGAAUUUUUUACUUGCAUAUUAUCGUUAAUAAAGACGAUGUCGAACUUAGCCUAAGACGUUGUUUCAGAUUUAAAGAGAUAUCUCUAAAUUAGAUAUUGAAAGAUAAUAUAAAAUAUAUUUGUCUGAACGCUUUCGAAGAUGAUAACUACGAUUAUUUUUCGUAGAAGAUACGUAAUAUUGCAUAUCAUAAGCUUCAGACUGAUUCUAUGCAUUAUCUUUCGAGUUUAUAAUUUUUAUGUGGAACAGAUAUCGAUAAGAGAAAAUCUCUUAUCAAAAUUUAAAACUCUAUUAUACGUAUAAUAUAUAGAAACUGUGAUGACGUACGCUCUCUUGGUACGCUUCAAAUUUACUGGCUGAAUUAUCAGUACUAAUUCAAAUUGCCAUUUCAAACAAGAUUAAUGGUCGUGAUUAGCGCGUCCGUAUUAGUGUGCAUUAUUGAACACAUUCUACAAAAGUUAGUUAGACGCAAGUGCUGUCUACGACGUAUGUAGACCAUUUUGUGCUUCAGUAUUUUAAAACUUGCAUACAUGCAAUAGUUCACCGUUUAAUCGCCUAAGUCUGUUGUUCGAUACAGAUUUGACGCUGUCGUUCACAAAUUCGCCAAAUUCCUCUCAUGUAAUAGACAAUAUAAAUGGCAGCAUGCGUGUAUAAUACUUUACAUUUACGUCGUACCUUACUUUAGAUAUGAUGAACAAAAAAUUACUCGAGAUACAAGAUAAUCGAAUUUGCAUUUUAAAGAAGUUUUAUAUUUCGAAUAUUUAAUUAGUAUAAUAGAAGAAAGAGAACAAAUUUUCGAAUUUAAAGAAAGAUACACGCACACACGUAUGCCAGGAUAUGCUUAAUACACAUUGCACUCUAUUCUCAAGUCUGAUUAUUUGAUUACACCUUGGAUGUAAUAAUCUUGAUGAAUAUCAGUAUCUUGAGAGCUCGCUUUUCGUAUCCUUCAUAAUUAAUCUAUAUCAUUCCUCUUUUCCCUAGUUCUAAGAAAAAUAAUUCAUACUUUUAAUAGCAUAUCAGAAAAGUUGACAUUUAACAAACAUAUUUCUGAUAUGAGUUAAUAAUUUUUAAUUGUUCAAUGUAGUCACUAUCUUCUAAUUACUUUAUCUCUUUAUCACAGUUGUAAACAGCGACUUUUUAAAUCCUCUUCUCUAUUUCUCCACACAGUUUUCCUCUCAAUGAAAAUAUUCUUUUUUUUUUGCUUGCAUUCAAGACACUUUAGGUAAAUAUUUUCAUGCACAUCUAUUUCACGAUAACGCACUUACAAUAUGAUGAAGAUAUCAUUAUUUUGAAGAUAUCAUUAUAUUCUUACACAUGAUUAAAAACAAAUGUUCCAGUUCCUUUAAUGUAUUCUUCUCCAUCUUUUUCGCAAUUCGUAAUUGAUAUAAAUUCUUGCCAAUGAACAACGAGCACUUUCGUCAUUUAGUGAAUACAAAAAUUACUUUAAUCUACAGGUAAUUUGUAAAAUAUCUAUUUUUUUUAUAUUUAGCAAAAGCAACGUAAAAACUAUCACUUCAGAUAAUGAAUUUUUUUCAUGAUUCCAUAGUCGCUGAUUAAUUAUGCCUACAAGUUAUGCCACCUCAUAUAACUUAUCGAAUUGUUUACUUUACAAUGCUUGACAAAAUAGUAUAGUAUGAGUAUAGUUAUAUUACGAGAGAGAUUUUGUCGAAAUCUUUCGCGGACAGAAAAUUGUCUAUGAAUAUUAGUGAUAAAUAGUACAAUGUGAUUCGUUAUAAAAAAAUGUUAAAAUAGUUUUAUAUAAUAUAACAGUAGCGCGGGAAAAAAGGCUGUAGUCAAAACAUAAGAUUUUAGUGAAGCGAUUUUAAUGAAGAUUAAACAAUUCUAUUAUAGAGUAUAUUGAAGAAUGUUUAUGUAAUAUAUUUUUGUAUGCAGGUUCUCACAAAUUGUUUCUCUUAUGUUUCUCUUUCUAUGUAUAAUUUACGUUAUAUAGUUACUACUACUAAUACUUUUGCAUUAAUCGAUGCAUCUGUAUUAAACUGUGGCUGUUUUAUUUAAUUAUUCAUUAAUUCGCCUACAGUGCAAAUAUUUAACCAAUGAUAAUGUUAAUCUCAAUUGCACAAAUCUGCGUUCGCGAUUCUACUUAAUUGUGCACAAAGUUUUAAGAGAUUGACUUGAUGAUUUUUAGUAUCCCUAUGCCUUUAUUACGGCCUGAAAUCGCAAUCAAAUUAUAUCCGAGUUAUAUUCGCCUAUUUUAUCUUUUUUUUUUUAUUUACACGUUAUUUUUUUUACUUACAUGAAAAUAUCUUUUUAUGUGUUCCGUGAUUGCUUAGGCGACGGUAAUUACGAUUACUCGAUUAUCACAAUGCGCAAUAGAUGUAGCGCGCUUGUUAACAGGGUCUUUAUUUUAUUGUUAGGAGUAAAACGAAGUUUUAUAAGCCUCGCCAUUUUCGCCGUUCUGACGAAUGAGAAUUCUAGAUUAAUGAGUGCAAUCGUUCCCGAUGGGCGUCAUGCCUGAAAAUCAUACAGAUACUUGUACUUCAGUAACUUCGUUUUACGCCAAAAUUCCGGCCAAAGGAAAAGGAUCCAUCCAUUGCGUAGUGAGUGUACAAUUGUAGUUGCCUAUAAUUCGUUUUUUGUUAUCCUAUGUAUGCAGGACAGCAUCUUACGUUAGUGAUAAAAUACCAUAAUGACUGGGAUUUAAUUCGAUGAAUUUAACGUUCGAUAAACAGAGCAUAUUAAUACGUAUUGAUAUGUAUAUUGUUUUUCGUCCCUUCCGCCAAUUUAUUUAUACACAAGCGUAUGUUCCUGCUUGCGUUUUAUUAAAUUACUGAUAUACAUAUAUUGCAAAUAUUGUUACUUGGCAGUUGUUGUUACAUGAUUAAGAGAAUAUAUGAGAGAGGAAAUAAAGAAUUAAUAUUGAUAGCAA